AUGAGCGACUAUGUGUACUAUAGAAGGUCGUCCGUCCUCCUCAAUUGGGACGUGAUCCUCCAUCUGGCGGAAUACCUCUCCAGAUCCACUCUGAUAUCCCUGAUGUCAACCUGCAAAGACCUUCGCCGCUACGGAGUGCGCUACCUGCUCGGCGAAGAUCGCCCUAUCACCUUCUGGACGCUCAGCGACGUCCGAUCGCUCACUGCCUUCAUGAACAGCAAUAUACCCGAGGGCACCGGAGGAAGGUCCGCACAUGUCCGUAUGGUUGAUCUCGCAUCAAAAAUACAGCAGUGGACGCAUGAUGAAAACUCGCUGAACAACCUCGUCAACUUGCUCAAACAAUCCACGAAUCUCUACGCGCUAUCUCUCCACCAUUCCUUCUUCCGCUUUCCGAGCAUUGCCCAGUCCAUGUGCGAAUUGCCAUCGCCGUUUAGAUCGCUACGUCGCAUUAGGCUUGAGGCCCCGGCGCGGUUAAACGUCUCAGGAAACGCGACCACGGCAGCCGCUGCAUUGAUGGCGGCAGGAGGACAGAACCCUGCAACAUCUCCAUACUUCCUCGACAGGCUUGUCGGUAUCCCACUCGAAGUCAUAAUCAUAUCGAGCUUUCACAGUCGAGCAAACAGGGCAGAGAUAAUGUAUCUUCUGGCCCGAUUCAAAGACUCUCUACAGGAGCUACAUAUCGAGGAUACACCUCUGCAGCAGGGUCUUGCGCAGGGAACACUUGGGAAUAACAUCGUCUUUCCCAAAGUACGCGUGCUCAGCAUGACACACUCCUACUACGCGCUUCCGCGGCAUACCGACACUCUCAUUGCCGUCUUCCCCAACGUACAAUCCGUUGCUUUCCCGGGGUCUUCCUUGGGACGACGGGGUGCCUCUGCAUUCUUCGUACACCCCAACGCGCCAUUCGGCUGGCAGGCAAUCGAGUUCGAGGGCGAGAAUGCGAUGCCGCCCCCAGCGCAUACGUUUGCUUCCCUCCGCGAAGCAAACUCAGGUGGCCAGCGCUUUGCACGAUGGAGCAGUCUGGCCUAUUAUGAAGGCGCGCUCGAGCAUCUGUACAUCCUCGCGCUACGAUCUCAGGUCGACAGGCUGAAAAUCACCGACCUUCCGCUCUUAGCCACUAGGGUCGAAUGGAUGCACUCCGUGGUUCAGGAGCUGGCCCCAACCAAGCUCUGCCUCGAGGUCAGCGUACCGGACACUGCGGAUGUUGAGCUGCUCAACUUGAUGCCGCGGGACCUGCCUCGUCCUCUUCGAUACCUGGAGAUUGUAUUGCUUCAGUGGCCCGAGGGAGAGAAGCUUCAAAGUCAACUUCGCUUGCUGUGCCUCGCAACGGGCACUGUACGCACACUCGUCAUCAAGGUUGGAGAGAAGGUCGCCAUGCAGUACAGGAACCCGCGUGGCAUCGAAGAGGCGCACGAGCAGUCGGAGGACUUUGUCAUCCAGACUGCGCAGACUGCACGCUCUUUACGCCACGUUGGUCUUCCGAAUGAUCUGUUUGGCCCACUACCCAACGAGCCCCAGGAAGAGGGGAAAACAUGGCUUCCGCCAAAACCGGCGCCGAAGGAGACCUUCUUCUGGAGUAUCGAGCAUGAUGAUGACGGUGGCAUGAUCUACGCGGAUAAGCUUUCGAAAAGAGCGGCCAAACCGUUGCUUGAGUUCGAAACCAGUCCGGUGAUCUCUUCCCCGUUCGGCUGA